AUGGAUUUUGUGACCGAUUUUCCUACGACCAGGAACCAAAAGGAUGCGGUUUGGGUGGUGGUUGACAGACUAACCAAGUCGGCCCACUUCUUACCAAUGCAGAAAGGAGAUGGAGUGGAUCAGAUCGUGAGGAUUUACUUGGACAAGAUAGUACGUCUGCAUGGAGUGUCGGCUAGUAUUGUCUCGGACAGAGACUCUAGGUUCACCUCUUACUUCUGGCAGGCUUUUCAAAAAGCCUUAGGAACAAGAAUGAACAUGAGCACAGCCUAUCAUCCUCAGACGGAUGGGCAGUCAGAGAGGACAAUCCAGACAUUGGAGGACAUGUUAAGGGCCGUGGUGUUGGAUUGGGGCGACUCAUGGGAAAAGCAUCUACCCUUGGUCGAGUUUGCCUACAACAACAGUUUCCACACUAGCAUUGGGAUGUCACCUUAUGAAGCACUGUAUGGACGGCCUUGCAGGACGCGAUUAUGCUGGACCCAAAUGAUCACAUUCAAAGGGAGGGCUAUAGUUUCUGGCAGAAGAAAACUAGACCCUAGGUACUUGGGUCCGUUCAGAAUCAUAGAAAGAGUUGGGGCUGUGGCUUAUAAGUUGGAACUGCCACCAGCCAUGGAUGCGUUCCACAACAUGUUUCAUGUGUCCCAACUCCGAAAAUGUUUGUCUGAUCAGGACAUAGUCCUACACGAGAUCCCUACAGAUUUGGGUAAGAAUCUGACUCUAGAGACGAGGCCGGUCCGCAUAGUGGAUCGAACAGAAAAGACAACAAGGAAGAAGACCAUUCCCAUGAUCAAGGUCGUGUGGGAAUACAAUGGCAAGGAUGUAAUCACUUGGGAAACAGAGGCAAGGAUGAAGGCCGAGUAUCCUGAGUGGUAUGAUCAGGUGGUCCCCGAGGAAACACAUGAUGAGGAUUCGAGGACGAAUCCAUCCCAAGUGGGGGAGACUUCUCAUGUCCCCAGUCCGAGAUAG